UUUCUUGAUUUUUUUCAUGAAUUUACUUUUUUAUAUUUUUUAAUGAAUAUUUUGACUCCGCCACUGAACAUAGGAGAAUGAAUGAAGAAAAGUAAUUUUUUUUCUAAACCAUGAAGACCAAAAGGGAGACCUCAUCGCUAUUUGAAGUCUCAAAACCACAUGUUUUAGAGCAUGCCUACUAAUUUUUGCACUAAUGGAGAAAGCCUUCACAAUUUUUCUCUUAACACUCUUGUUGCUUAUGGCUAGUUCAGCCAUGACCCAAACCAAUAUUACCACUGAUCAAUUAGCUCUUAUCGCUUUGAAAUCCCAAAUCAUUUUGGACCCCUUUCACUUCUUGGAUGAAAGUAGGUCUCCUGCUAUUUCUAUUUGCCAUUGGGUAGGCGUUACCUGUGAUUCUCGUCACCAGAGAGUGAAGUUUUGAAUCUUUCCAACAUGGCUCUUGCAGGCAGGAUUUCCCGUGAAUUUGGAAACCUCGCACUUCUUGUUUCUCUUGACUUGGGAAACAACAAUUUUCAUAGAAAUUUGCCUCAAGAAAUGGCACACUUGUGUCGGGUUAAGUUUCUUGAUGUAAGUUUCAACAACUUUAGAGGGGAGGUUCCUUCUUGGUUUGGGUUUUUACACCGACUUCAACUUCUAAAUCUUAUGAAUAAUAGUUUCACUGGUUCUAUCCCUUCUUCAUUUUCUAAUAUUUCCACACUUGAGACUUUGAAUCUGAAAUUCAAUUCGAUAGAGGGCCAAAUACCAAAAGUGAUUGGAAGUUUUAUAAACCUUAGAGUAUUAAACUUAGGGUAACAAGCUCGUAGGCUUUAUUCCUACGUCACUCUCGAAUGCCUCAAGGUUGGAGACGUUGGAGAUAUCUUAUAAUUCACUUCAAGGAAACAUUCCUGAAGGGAUAGGCAAUCUUCACAACCUGAAAGUACUAUCCAUACUAGCUAAUCAACUUACGGGUUCUGUACCUUACACAAUUUUCAAUAUUUCAAGAAUCGAAGUCAUUGCAUUUGCAAGAAAUAGCUUAUCAGGAUAUCUUCCCAAUGGUUUAUGCAAUGAUCUCCCAAUACUCAAAGAGCUUUAUCUAUCCAAAAACAAGCUUCGCGGUCAUAUGCCUACAAGCUUAUCAAGUUAUUCUCAACUUCAAAUUUUGUCUUUACCGGAUAAUGAGUUUGAUGGACCAAUACAUAGUGAAGUUGGAAGAUUAAGUAACUUGCAGAUACUAGAAUUCGGAACUAACCAUUUCACUGGGAUAAUUCCACAAGAAAUUGGAAAUCUUGUUAAUUUGGUAGAGUUAGCCAUGGAGGAUAAUCAGAUUACUGGCUCUGUCCCGAUCUCCUUAUUCAAUAUCUCCUCGCUGCAAGUUUUGUCACUGUGGAAGAACAAUCUUAGUGGAUUCUUACCGCGGGAGAUUGGCAACUUAACCAAGAUGCACCUUCUACAACUUAGUGGGAAUAAGCUUAGAGGUGAAAUACCCAAAGAGAUAAGCAAUUUCAUUGAGUUGAAGGUACUUAGACUUCAGAGUAAUAGAUUUAGUGGUCAACUUGAUAUGAGGAUCUUCAACAUAUCAGGGCUGAGAACAAUUUCCCUUUCAGUCAACAAUCUAUCAGGAAUCCUCCCACCAAACAUAUGUUCUAUAUUACCCAGCAUUGAAGAACUUUAUCUGGCCGUCUUAAGCAAUCUUGUUGGGACUAUUCCUCAUUCGAUCUCCAAUUGUUCACAACUUACAAUUCUAGAGCUUUCAUACAACAAACUCACUGGCUUGUUUCCUAGUUCUCUUGGAUAUUGACUCAUCUGCAGUUCCUAAACCUGAGGGAAAACAAUUUAACCAGUAACUCAUCAUUAAGUUUCUUGACUUCCUUAACCAAUUGUAGAAAUUUAAAAGUUGUUUCUCUAUCUUUCAACCCUCUAAAAGGCAUGCUUCCGGAUUCUGUAGGGAACCUUUCCAUAUCUCUUAUAAGAUUUUACGCCAACAGUUGCAAGAUCAAAGGGCGAAUUCCAAAUGAUUAGACCUUGAUCUUUCUGCAAACCACUUGGCUGGAUCGAUUCCCACGACAAUUGGAAACUUGAGAAACCUUCAGCACUUCAACUUGAGUAACAACAAACUUACAGGAUUUAUUGGUGCUCAUAUAUGUAAAUUGCAACAUUUGGGUGAAAUUUAUUUGGGUCAAAAUCAACUUUCAGGAUCUUUUCCUAAUUGUUUAGGGAAUAUUACAUCCCUUAGGGAGAUACAUCUCGGUUCCAACAAAUUGAGUUCCAAUAUACCACCAAGCUUAGGGAACCUUCAAGAUCUAGUGGUUCUUGACUUAUCGUCAAACAACAUGGUAGGUUCUUUACCUGCAGAAAUUGGAAAUCUCAAGGCUUUAACAAAGAUGGAUCUAUCAAUGAAUCAAUUCUCAAAUGAAAUUCCUAGAGAAAUUGGAGAAUUGCAAAAUUUGGCACACCUUUCUUUGAGACACAACAAGUUGCGAGGAUCUAUACCUGACUCAAUGAGCAACAUGGUAGGUUUGACCUUUCUCAUAACAAUAUAUCUAGAAUUAUUCCUAAGUCUUUGGAGAAACUUCAAAAUUUGAAGUAAUUCAAUAUUUCAGUCAACAAAUUGUAUGGUGAAAUACCCUCGGGAGGUCCUUUCAAGAACCUCUCUAGUCAGUUUUUCAUCUACAAUGAAGCAUUGUGUGGUUCUUCAAAAUUUAGUGUCCCGUCAUGCCCCACUUCAUCAAUGCACAGAUCAAAUAGGAAAAAAUUGCUAGUUCUAUAUCUAUUUCUAGGACUUGAAAUUUUAUUUGCUCCUAUCAUAAUUGUGUUUGUAUGGAUAAGGUAUAGAAGAGGUAAAAGAGCUCCUCAACAAGAAGAUGCAUUGUCUACAAAGAAACGAGAAAGAAUUUCAUACUAUGAACUGCUCCAAGCAACGGAUGAUCUUAGUGAGAGUAAUUUGAUUGGUUCUGGAAGUUUUGGCUCUGUUUACAAAGGCAUUCUCAGAAGUGGAACUGCCAUUGCAGUUAAAGUGUUCAACCAACAACUGGAUGCGGCAUUCAAGAGUUUUGAUGCCGAAUGUGAAGUUUUGCAUAGCCUUCGCCAUAGGAAUCUCGUAAAAGUCAUUACUAGUUGUUCCAAUCUUGAUUUCAAAGCUUUAGUGUCCGAGUAUUUGCCAAAUGGAAGUCUUGAGAAGUAUUUGUAUUCGUAUAAUUACUUCCUCGACAUCAAACAGAGACAAAGCAUAAUGAUAGAUGUGGCAUGUGCAUUGGAAUAUCUCCAUCAUGGGUAUUCGUCGGUUGUGAUUCACUGUGAUCUAAAGCCUAGUAAUGUCUUGCUGGAUGAGGAUAUGGUUGCCCACCUAAGCGACUUUGGCAUUUCAAAACUACUUGGUGAAGAUGAGAGUGAUUUGUACACUAAAACAUUAGCAAAAUUGGGGUAUAUUGCACCGGAUACGUCUCUUAGUUUUGCUGAUUUUUCCUCUUUCUUUACCUCCUAGAAAGUAUAUUACAUCUUUAUAUUAAUUGUUUGACUGUAGAGUAUGGGCUGGAUGGAUUAGUUUCAACAAAAUGUGAUGUCUAUAGCUACGGGAUCAUGCUGCUGGAAACGUUUACCAGGAGGAAGCCUAAUGAGUUUGAGGGAGAUCUUAGCUUGAAGCAAUGGGUGAGUUAUUCACUUCCAGAGGCAGUAAUGGAUGUUGUAGAUGCCAACUUGGUAACAUCAACGGGUAAUCGCUUCCGGAAAGAGCUAGAUCUUGUGGCAUCAAUCAUGAAAGUGGCACUAGAUUGUUGUGCUGAAUCUCCGGAGGGAAGGACAAACAUGAAAGAUGUUGUAGGGAUGCUAGAGAAGAUCAAGUUUCAACUUCUUGCAUGUUGAGCAUGUUUUUGGAAUCUGUUGCUCCAAAUCACUUGAUUGUUGUUUUGUUUUGAUAUAGCACAUUAUUUGCGCAUGAUUCUGUUUUCAGAAAUGCUAGAUGGCAAGUAAUAUAAAUGUUUAGUAUAAUAAAAUAUCCUGAUUAGAGCGAAAUGGAUUUUGUUUGUUCCUCAGUUCAGAAAGGAUCUGUUACUUUCAAUGCUC